GUAUCGAUAUUUUUUCCAGAAACAAAUAUCAAUUGCCAGCAGGCGUUCGUUCGUAAUAUUAAUUAAUUAACCUAUGGCGAGCUACGCCAGGUGUUUUCUUCUAAAAUUUUAACGCUAAAGAACCGAUACAAAAUUUAUGUUUUCGACAAAUUCUAUUAUAUUUUGUUUGCUUCCCCCCUAAAAAAAAAAAAAAAUAAAUAUAAAAAAAACCGACGUGCAACUCACACACUUACAGCAGCAGCCGAAAACACUCGCAGCAGCCGCAGCCCACCCAUACCGAUGUAGAAGUGUACGGACAUAAAUUGAAGUAAUCUUUUUUGCGAACGCCGCCGCCGCCGGAAGAGAACACAAACAAUCAAGAGUUGAACCAGUGACACGCCUUCAACUCGAAGAAGUCUCCUAUAAAAGGCAUCGCGCUCCCAUUAUCCCCUGUUCCCUCUUCCUACCGAGAUCCUCCGGAUAACGGAGGAGCCAACAAAUUCAGCACCAUUCAAGUGCCGAGUAAGAUGGAAAUAGAAACAGACCACUCGAUCGAAGCAAUGGACACCCAGGACACCCAAGAGGUCGAGAUCAUCACCAGCGACCUCCAACAGCAGCAGCAGCAACAGACUGCGCCGCAACAGCAACAGACCGCGCAGCAACAGCAGCAGCAGAAUUCGCCACCGCAACUGCCGAAAUUCAAGAACCUUAUACAUCCGCAGCUUCACGCCGCAGGAGCAAUCACCCAGUUGCCCAGCGAGAACGGCAACGUGCCGCCACAGCAAUUACUUGCCGACAGUAGCUCAACGACAUUUGCCGGCAAUAACGAUUCGGUCGAGGCCAUGGGCAUGGAUGAUGAAACCAAGGAGGAUCAGUUCCGUUCAGAGACGACAUUCUCCUUUACCGUGGAGAAUGUGGGUCAACUGAAAAGCCAGCGGUUAUCACCGCCCGUCUAUGUCCGAAUGCUGCCCUGGAAGAUAAUGGUUAUACCCAAUGACCGGGCAUUGGGCUUCUUCCUGCAGUGCAACGGGGAGAAUGAUUCACCCACCUGGUCAUGCAAUGCCAUUGCCGAGCUAAGGCUCAAGUGUCACAAGCCGGACGCCCAGCCCUUCUCCCGGGCACGCAUUAAGCAUUUGUUUUACUCCAAGGAGAAUGACUAUGGUUAUUCAAACUUUAUAACCUGGCAGGAGCUUCAGGAUGCGGACAAGAGUUAUGUGCACAACAACAGCAUUACGCUGGAGGUUCAUGUCAUUGCCGAUGCCCCGCACGGUGUCCUCUGGGACUCGAAGAAGCACACCGGCUAUGUGGGUCUCAAGAAUCAGGGAGCAACCUGUUAUAUGAACUCACUGCUGCAGACGCUGUACUUCACCAAUUCGUUGCGAUUGGCUGUCUAUCGUAUACCCACGGAGGCGGAUGAUAGUACCAAGUCGGUGGGUCUAUCCUUGCAACGGGUGUUCCAUGAACUGCAGUUUGGUGAUCGUCCCGUGGGCACCAAGAAACUAACCAAAUCGUUUGGCUGGGAGACACUCGAUUCGUUUAUGCAGCACGAUGUCCAAGAGUUUUUAAGGGUUCUCCUCGACAAGCUGGAGUCAAAGAUGAAGGGCACAUGCCUGGAGGGCACCAUUCCAGGACUCUUUGAGGGCAAAAUGUCAUCGUACAUCAAGUGCAAGAAUGUGGAUUAUAAUAGCACCCGCUACGAGACCUUCUAUGACAUUCAGUUGAAUAUCAAGGAUAAGAAGAACAUUUACGAGUCCUUCCAGGAUUAUGUGGCCUCCGAGACGCUGGAGGGCGACAACAAAUACGAUGCCGGUGUGCAUGGCCUGCAGGAGGCCAGCAAGGGUGUCAUCUUCACUUCAUUCCCGCCCGUCCUUCAUCUGCAUUUGAUGCGUUUCCAAUACGAUCCCAUCACGGACAGCUCAAUCAAGUACAAUGAUCGCUUCGAGUUCUAUGAGCAAAUCAAUCUGGAUCGCUAUUUGGCCGAGGGCGAGAAGACAUCGGCGGACUAUGUACUGCAUGCGGUGCUGGUGCAUUCGGGUGACAAUCAUGGCGGUCACUAUGUGGUCUUUAUCAAUCCAAAGGCAGACGGACGUUGGUUCAAAUUCGACGACGAUGUGGUCUCCAGUUGCCGCAAGCAGGAGGCCAUUGAACAGAAUUACGGUGGCAUGGACGAUGAGAUUUCGUUCCAUGCCAAAUGCAGCAAUGCCUACAUGCUGGUCUACAUACGGCAAUCGGAGUUGGAUCGUGUUCUGGGCGAUAUACCCGAGAGCGAGAUUUCGAGUGAUCUGGUCGAACGACUCGAUCUGGAGAAGCGCAUCGAGAUGGCCAGGCGCAAGGAGCGCAGCGAGGCCAAUUUGUAUGUCUCGGUGCACGUUAUACUCGAGGAGUACUUUGAGGGUCAGCAGAAGCGGCGUCUCUUCGAUCUGGAGAAGACCCAUCAGCGACCGUUUAAGCUCAAGCAAAAUCAAACCGUUGACGAGCUGGUGGAUAUGUUUGUCAAGGGAUUUGGCGUUUCGCGAGAUCGUAUGCGUAUGUGGAAUAUGUGCACUGCCCAAACGCAGAAAUUCCUGCACUUUGACUUUGAGGCGGAGAGCUCGCGGACCAUUGAGCAGAUACCCACGUCACAGAAGCCCUGGGUUAUCUUUUUGGAACUUGCCUCGCCCGAAAAUCCUGCCCCUCUGCCUCCUUUCAAUCCCAAAACGGAUGUCCUGCUGUUCCUUAAAUACUAUGAUGCGCGAAAUAAACGCCUCAAUUACAUCGGAUGCACACAGCAGCCUCAGAGCCGGCGGCUAAUUGAUCUGGUGCCGGAGGUCAACAAGAAACUGGGCUUUGAGCCGGACACCGAGUUGACCAUCUUCGACGAGUAUGCCGACAAGAAGGUGGCCAAUCUGUCCGAACCCAUCGACAGUGUGCUCUUCAUACCGCAGGAUCACCUUCAGGGUCCCAUUCUCAUCUUUGAACGUGAGACGGUCGAUGCUAGGCUGGACCUGCCCACGGUGGAGGACUACUUCCUGGAUCUGGUCUAUCGCAUCGAGAUUGUCUUUAGCGACAAAUGCAAUCCCAAUGAGCCGGACUUUACGCUGGAGCUCUCCAAUCGGUACAACUACGAUCAGCUGACCAAUGCGGUGGCCGAACGGCUCAAUACCGAUCCCCAGAAGCUGCAGUUCUUUAUGUGCAUCAACAACUACAAGGAGACGGCGGGCAAUGCGGUGCCCUACACAUUCAAGGGCACCAUCAAGGAUCUGGUGGCAUACAACAAGGCGAGCACCCCCAAGCGCAUCUUCUACCAGCGCCUGUCCCUCAGCAUCCACGAGCUGGACAACAAGAAACAAUUCAAGUGCGUCUGGGUGAGCAGCGACCUCAAGGAGGAGAAGGAGCUGGUGUUGUAUCCCAACAAGAACGACACGGUCAAGGGCCUGCUGGACGAGGCGGCCAAGAAGAUAACGUUCGCGGAGAACAGUCGUCGCAAGCUGCGGCUGAUUAAGGUCAGCAAUCACAAGAUCGUGGCGAUUUGCAAGGAUGAAAUAGCAUUGGAUACGCUGCUAAAGACCACCGAAUCGAUAUCGACGACGCAGGGCGCACAGAAGAUCUAUCGCAUCGAGGAGGUGCCGGCGGAGGAGAUGCAGCUGGCGGAGAACGAAUAUCUCGUACCGGUGGCCCAUUUCAGCAAGGAGCUAUACAACUCGUUUGGGGUACCCUUCCUGGCCAAGGCGCGUCAGGGAGAGCCGUAUGGUGCAUUGAAGCAGCGCAUCCAAAAACGCCUAAAUGUACCGGACAAGGAGUGGGAGAACUACAAGUUCUGUGUCAUCACCGUGGGCCAUAAUGCGGAUGUGAAUGACAAUACGCCGGUGGAUCUGGAUGUAUAUAGGACCUGGACCAGCGGUCAGUUGCCCUUCUUUGGGUUGGAUCACAUCAACAAAUCGCGUAAGCGUAGCUCGCUCAACUUUUCCGAGAAGGCCAUCAAGAUUUAUAAUUAAAAAAGAAAAAGUGAGAGAAAGAAAAAGAGAAGAAAGGAUAAGAGACACACACACACAGACAGUUGGAAGGAGCGAAGGGAAUUAUGUUAUGGGUUGGAUUGCCCAGGCCAGACUCCGCUCCACCACCAAAAGGGAAGCAAAACAGCUCGAAAUUUGAACAAGUGUCACGCAUCUCGGCCUCCCCCACGGAUACUAUAUAUAUUUUAAAUAUAAAAAAAGCAACUUUCGUUUAAUCUUACGGCUAAGUCAUAUAUAAUUAUUUAUUAACACACAUUGCAGUGCACGCACACACACACACCAGCAGCAGCAGCCAAUAAUCAGUUAUAAAAGCUUCUGAUUUUUUUCGGUUCCAGUUAUAUGUAGUUCCAAAAUCCCGACAUCAGAUUGUAAUAUUUUUUGCUUUAGUUUUUUAAACAAUUAUUUUGGAUUUUAAUUUGUAAAUUUAAUUUCAAUUUAGAGUUAAGCUUAACGCGUGUGCGUGUGUGUGAGAAAGAAAGAGAAAGAGAGAGAGAGUGUGUGUAUUUUCUAUGCUAUAUAUUAUAUACUUAAUCGAUAAUUGUUUAAUAGCAGGCAAAAUAAUCGAAAGACUUAUCGAAAGCUUAGCGAUUAUUUUUGUCAGUUGUAAAUAAGCGUUGAAACACAGAGAGAAAAGUUGGUGGUGAUGUUGUAACAAAGCAAAAAACGAUAAAUAUUAAAACUAAAACAAA